GCGUGUUCUAUCAGGGGACGUUGAUCGCCGUUGAGCUAUGCUUCCAUACCGUUCAGCACGUAGGUGGUCUUUUGAGUUUAGGCGAAAGCCGAGAUGAUGUUUCCCUAACAUGCGUGCGUCCCUUGAUGUUGGACAUCAUUAUCGAGGAGGCUGAAGACUAUUGAUAAGUCAAUCCACUACAUUGCAUUUGGGUCAACGCCCUGGCAGAUUUCAACAGUCGUGUGAGCUUGACAACCAGACUCAGGAAAAGCUCCGUCGAUCCCGAUUCUCCCUAGAAGGGCAUUUAUAAGUUGUGAUGCAUAUCUGCCCUGACAAUACCUGCUUUCGAGGCUUGGGUCGGAUAUCCAGCCCCAGUAUGACAACUCACCUCUUUGUGACCUCUCUUUGAAACUGUCAAUAUGGCCGACGUGCCUGCCACUCGGUCUCGAAUCCGCUUGUGGGAGCGAGCCAUCGCCUUCGAAAGCCGUUGCCUCAAGAAGCUGGCGGGACCCAAACAACAGCCCGGAAAGGCCUAUGUUCUCAGACUUUCCAUCGACUUACUCCAAGAGAUCAUCGGCCAUCUCGAUCUACUGAGCCAAUUCAUGUUCUCGCAGACCUGUCGUGCCGGGCGCAUUCUCACACAAAAAGACUGGAAAGAUGCCUCCCUAGCACUCCCCGAGCCUGAACGAAUCUCAUUCUGGGCCGUGGUGGCAUACAGACUGCCGAACCACUGGGCCUGCGCGCGCUGCUGCGGACUUCACGAAACGGACCGUUCAGACACGCCUUGGAGCCUUCGAUCACCGCCAUGCCAGCAGGGAGAAGCCCUCGACACCCUCGGCCGGUCCUACAAGCUCCGACACACCCACAUCGAACUCGCGCUCAAGUUCAGGCGCAUGGGCACCAAUGCAGGCUACCUCUCUGAGCUCCUGGAACCUUGCGUGUACAUAGCAGACCGAGAAGGUCCGUCUUGGAAAUCGGGUUCACCGAAUGUGACUCGCCACACACCGCGAAUCAUCAAAGGCAAAUUCUAUUUACAAGUAGUUAAAGAUUUUCAUGGAAUAGCAACGCUCCACGAGAUUCGCUCUUUCAGAAUCUGCCGACACCAGCUGUUCCCGUGGUGGUACUGGGGCAUCGUGGACUGGAGCGCAUUUGAGAAGACUGUCGAGUCGGCUUGGAACAAUCCAGGAAUUGUGCACGAUGGGGAUUGCCAAUGUUGCCCUGUCGACUACUCGAUUUUGCGCGAGGGAGACGACCUGCGCGUGACAUUGUGGUAUGAUUUUGGCGCGGGAAAAUCCCCGAGGGGCUUGGACUGGAUGGUACACCUUGGCGACGAGAAUGAUAUCUACAGCGACGGUCUUCACGUCAACAGCAAAGAGCAUGAGCAUGGAAGUAUUCGGAAACUGUUUCAACAGAGCUCACUCGGUCACAUGGUGCGAGGUUUGCUACGUGUCAUGGUACGGAGCCCACGGCAGUUCUGCAAAACGGCACGCAAGGUCAUAGUGGCACACCAGCUGGGACACGCUUGAUGGAGUUUCGUCUUGCCCAGAGGAAGAGCUCUGUUUUGUACCGUUCAGAUCAACACCAGCGUCUACACUGGUUUACCAAUACAUGUUU